AUGGAAUUUGGUGAUCUAAGAAUUGAUGAGUCCUUGAUAAAGACAUGCCAGGAAAAGGGGAUUACACGGCCUACUGAGGUCCAAAGACAGGUGAUUCCAGCAGUGCUUGGAGGAGGUGAUGUUAUAGCGGUUUCGCAGACUGGGUCAGGAAAAACCCUUGCGUUUGUCCUUCCGAUAGUUUCCCAUCUGUUGCAGAAAAACAGAUCAUUCUAUUGCCUAGUCGUUGCACCCACAAGAGAGCUAUCCUCACAAAUAGCUGAGUGCUUUAACAUGUUCCAGGCCACGGGGCUGAGGGUCUGUCUGCUGGUCGGAGGAGCCAACUUCAAUGUUCAGGCCAACCAGCUUUCUAAGCGUCCCCACGUGGUUGUUGGAACGCCCGGAAGAAUAGCGGAACAUGUCUUGAAAACAAAAUCGUUCAGAACAGAAAGAGUUCGGAAGUUUGUUCUCGAUGAAGCGGACAGGUUUUUUGAGCAAGACUUUGUAGAAGAUCUGGAGACUAUUAUUCCGAGUCUGAGGGAGAAAAGGCAGACUCUUCUCUUUACGGCAACGAUGUCCGACGAAAUAUCUAAGCUGUCCAGUUCCAUCUUAAAAAGACCGAAAACCAUCCGCACGGCAGAGAAGUAUGAGACGGUUCCUGCCCUGAAAGAGUACUACCUCUUUGUGGCCAUGAAAUGGAAGAACUCUGCAUUGGUUGAAUUGCUGGAAAUGAGCCAAGGAAUGUCUGUUAUUGUGUUUGUAUCGAUGUGUGUGACUGCCAGAGUAAUGUCCUUAGCAUUGGCCAGACUUGGGUUCUGCUCGGAGGCGCUACAUGGGGAGCUGAGCCAGGAAAAAAGAGAAGAGGCCAUGAGAAGUUUUAAGGAAAGCAGGUUUAAUGUUCUUGUUUGCACUGACCUUGGAAGUAGAGGUCUUGAUAUAAGCCAUGUAGAUCUGGUGAUUAAUUUUGAUGUCCCGAAGAGCGGAAAGGAUUAUAUCCAUCGGGUCGGGAGGACUGCAAGGGCUGGAAGAUCUGGAACUGCUAUCACGCUUGUAACCCAGUACGAUGUUGAACAGAUCCAAAAGAUAGAAUUUACACUAGAAAAAAAGCUGGAGGAAUUCAAGAUGAUGAAGAAGAACUUCGGGACAAUUUGUGCAAGAAUCGAAGAAGCCAUCCAAGAAGCUCAAGAGACUCUUAAGGAGGAGAGAAAAAGAAACAGAAGGCCAUGA